AUGGCGUACAGUUUUGCCAUCGAGUAUAGGCGAACAGAAGAGUUUGGCCAGGCGGACGGGUUAAGCAGAUUACCACUGCAUUCCACGGAGCUGACCGAGUUGGGUAACCUGGGAAUGGACAGCAUAGUCAAUGCUGUGCACACGGAGAACGCGGGACGGUUACCAGUGUCGGUAGAAACUGUGGCAAAGGAGACUUGCGCCGAUGCGGAGCUCAGCAUCGUUCUGGAUUACGUCCAGACUGGAUGGCCGAGCGUCGUGAGAGAAGGGCUGCGACCGUAUAAGCGGCUAGAAAGUGAACUGGUGACAGUGAACGGGUGUCUGUGCUGGGGCACCCGGACGGUGAUUCCGAAGAAGCUGCAAGCGCAGAUACUGUCGUACCUGCAUGAAAGCCACCUUGGAGCGGCAAAGAUGAAGGGUGAAGCCCGCGGGUACUGUUGGUGGCCGUCCAUGGACCGGGACGUGGAGCGGGUGUCCAAAGCGUGCCGUAUAUGCACUGAACGUGCUGGAGAAACGGCGAAGGUCCCGCUGUCACAGUGGCCAGUGCCCGUCGGACCAUGGAGACGACUCCAUGUUGACUUCGCCGGACCGUUCCAUGGCACGAUGUUGUUCGUCGUGGUCGACGGCAUGUCCAAGUGGCCGGAAGUGGUCUCGAUGCGACAUGCAACCACGGACGCAGUGAUUGAGGCUUUGCUGGACAUGUUCAGCCACUACGGGCCAUGUACUGAGAUAGUGUCAGACAACGGCACACAGUUCACGUCCGAGCAGUUCAGCGAAUUCUGCCAGCAAUACGGCAUUAGGCAUUUUCGGACGCCACCGGGACAUCCCCAAUCGAAUGGCCAAGCGGAACGCUACGUCCAGACGGUGAAGGACGGCGUCUCCAAGCUCAUGGCCGACCAAAAGCGCCUGCCGGUUGCGCUGAGGAGUUCCUCUGGCGCUACCAAAGAACAGGAGCGCCACCGCCGAAACUUCGACCAGCACACAAGGAAGAAAGACUUCCGGUUGGGUGAUUUGGUCCUGGUGCGAGACUAUCGCCCAAGCCGUGCAGUGGACUGGAUCAGUGGCAAGCUGAUUAAGCGCGAAAGCCGGCUGAUUUGGGAGACGCCGGAACACACGGAAGCAGAUACCGGGAAUGGUCAAACGGCCGUGGAGACAUCGGUAACAUUUCCUCCGACGAAAGUAAUGGAGAAGACGGUCUCGCCUGCCAGAGCGCGCACGCCGACGUCACCAACGCAGCCGCAAUCGGAGGUUAAACCACAGCCCGAGGUGAUGGUACAGCCGGAAGUGAAGCCAACUUUUCCGCCCAUCACACAGGAACUGACGCUGACGGCACCAGUCGCGCCGCCAAAGAAGAUAUUCAACGCAGUAAUGGAGUGGCUGAUUAAGCAAUAA